AUGGCCUACGUAUUCGACGGAUACUCCGAAGCCAGCUCGGGCCGGAACACACCUCGUGGCCAGCAAGGCCCUGGCAGCGGAGGAGGAGGAGGGGGAGGAGGGGGAAGCCGUCAGCAGCGACGUUAUGGCAGUGGGGACAUUCCCGUCGGCGGCCUACCUGGAGGGAUAUACUAUGGUACGGGUCGCUUUUACGAGGAGAAUUUGCGGACUGAGCAACGGCGGCGGCAACAGCAACAACAGCAGCAGCAAGAGGAGAAUCAACAGCGACGGCAACAGGGACAGAAUCAAGGCCAACAGCGGCACCGGCAUGAUCCACAGUGGCGGCAGGGAGAGCAAGGGGGACAGCAUCGAGACGAUAUGAGAGAAGCUUCUGACGCUGCUAGGGCGUUUCUUGAAGCGUUGCAGAGGGAUUAUGACCGGCGGAGACAGCAGGAGGCUGAUACUGGUGUUGGGGGGUUUGGACCGGGUCCCAGUAGCGGGUAUGGUGAAGUAGGUGAGGAUGACUUUGGGCCGAUGGAGGAGAUUCGGUUUGAGGAUUUAUUUGGAGAUUUGUUUGGUGGAUUGGGAGACGGAGGAGGAGCAGGUAUGGGCGGCAACGUAGGAGGCGGUACUGGUGCGUUCGGUCCUCAUUCCGGCCCUGGAUCCGGUCAAGGCCGCACCGAUCCUGGCCCCGGUCCCCGUCACGACCACGAGGAAGAUGGUGGCGGUCGCGGCCCCGAACCGGUUCCCGGAUGUGGCAGAAACGGCGGUGCCUCUCGGCCGGGCUACGAACAGCCGCCAGCUCACUACGGAGGUGGAUGGUACGAUUAUCGUCCCGGGACCACGGGUGCUCGACGUGGAGGCGGUGCUGGGAUGACCUUUGCUGAUUUCUUCGAGCUCUGGCAAAGCUGGCCUGGUCCCGGUGGUAAUCUUGGGCUUGACGACUUUGGGGAGAUGCCUGAAGCUUAUUUUUGA